UAUUAAAUUUCAAUAAAAACGACUUCGCUCAAUAAUUACUCUCCUCACCAUAUAAUUAAAAAAAAUUUAAAAAAAGUUUCAACCAUCAAGGGAUAACCUCCGACACACUCCAAAAAUUCGUCCUUCACUGCUUUUUUUUCUAUCAACGGUCUUAAGAAACAGCGAAAUAUAUUUCUAUUAUUUUUUUUAAAAAUUUAGAGCUGAUUGAGUGAAAUUUUUGAAAAUCUUUUUCCAUUUCUUUUUAUGGGUGAUAAUACUCAGUUACGAUCAGAUGAAGAGCAACCGCCUCCCGCGCAAAUCCCUUUGCUCAGUUCAAACCUUCAAAACGACGCCGUUGGAGCCCUCCACCAGCGGCAGCAAGAGAUCCGAACGAGUAACCGUCUCGAUGAUUCGUUGGAAUAUUUGGAGAGGUUUUUGACCUGCCUUGGUUUCAACCAGUCGUCUUUGCUGAGUUUUUCUUUAUCUUGGGCGGCGUUCACGGUGGUCGGGGUUUUGGUCCCGGUUUUAGCGCUGGAACUUUCUGAUUGCGACGGUUGUGAGAUGUACCAGAUUAAGAAUUUCGAGGUCGGUAUCGUGGCUUCUCAGGCUUGUUUGGCGGCCGUUUCUUUGUUUUGCAUUUCGUUUAAUCUCCGAAAGUACGGCAUCCGUAGGUUUCUGUUCGUUGAUCGAUACGGUGGUCAAAUGGUUCGCUUUACCGAUCUCUAUGUUAAGCAGAUUGCGGCUUCUAUGCGCCUGCUGAUAUGGUGGUUGCUUCCAUGCUUUAUUUUGAAGACUGUGCGUGAGGUUAUUCGAAUUUUAUAUGUGCAACACGAUUCACGGUGGAUAUCUGUUGCUAUUUCAGUACCUUUGACUUUGUCCUGGACUUAUGUUAGUACGAUUAGCCUAUCCGCCAGCAUCUUGUUUCAUUUACUCUGCAACUUGCAAUUCAUUCACUUUGAUGAUUAUGCGAAACUCUUGGAAAGGGAAUCUGAUGUUAUGGUAUUUAUAGAGGAGCACAUUCGACUGCGGUAUCAUCUCUCCAAGAUAAGCCAUAGGUUCCGGAUUUUUCUUCUUUUACAGUUCUUGGUUGUCACGGUUAGCCAAGUUGUGACUCUUUUCCAGACAACAGUUUAUAGUGGAAUGAUUAACUUGAGCAAUGGCGGUGAUUUUGCAAUCUCCGCGAUUGUUCAGGUAGUUGGGAUCAUUCUUUGCUUGCAUGCAGCCACCAGAAUUUCUCAUAGAGCUCAAGGAAUUGCAUCUUUUGCAUGUAGAUGGCAUGCAUUGGCGACAUGUACAUCUACUGAUGCUUGCCUGAGACAUUCAAACAGUUUAGGAAGCAUGGAACCUUUAAGUCAAUCAAACUUGCUAGAUAUUACUUUUUCGGAAAGUGAUCUGGAUUCGAUGGAUUACAUUACCAUGCCUACAACCACACAGUUGGCUUCUUAUAUGUCUUCAUAUCACAGAAGACAAGCUUUUAUGAUGUAUUUGCAAGCCAACCCUGGGGGCAUUACUAUAUUUGGAUGGACGGUUGAUCGCGGACUUAUCAACACAAUAUUUUUCCUUGAACUUACACUGGUGACCUUCGUACUUGGACAAACCGUAGUCUUCAAUUCUGCAUGAUAAAAUCUCCGAUCAUCAAAUCAGUUUUUUCCAGAGAUCACACCUUCAAAAUGAGGUUUUUUUUUUUUCAGAUUUACAGACCGAUUGAUUGUUCUUAGAUCAUAGCAUUGUUGAAAUGACUCGACAACCGCUGCGAUUGGUAAAUUGUUAGAAAUGGCUGAAGCAGCUAUAACGGAGUUAGCCAAGGUUUUGCGAUGAUAAGGCUGUUGGCUGAAGGUUUUGGAAGGUUUGAAGACUGCGACAUUCGGAAGUAAGGCAAAUUCCUAAACUUUCAAUUACAUUAAUUUGUUGUACUUCCAUUGUAUUUAUAUCUACCUCUAUACUGAUUCAGUAAGGAAAGUGCACAACCACCAAACUCUAAAAUAAGCAAUAUAAAUUUAUUAAGGUAAUAUUACUGAGGAUAUUGCAAAUAAAAUUAUAUCCAUUAUUUAUAGCAUGGAAAUGAUGAAAAUUCAAAAUUUGCAAA